AUGGUGACUAAUUCCGACGCGUUAAAGUGCUAUGAUACCAGUAUGCAGGAACACCUGUGCGAACCGAUUCAAUUAUUCUGUAUCAAAUUCAUAAAUGGGUCAACGGUAACCCGCGGAUGUGCAGGUGUCGAUGUCUACUGUACCGAUGAGGAUCCAGGAUGCUACCCAACUCAAGAAGUGGACGGGCUAACCCAGAAAUGGUGCUGUUGUGAGAAGGAUAUGUGCAACGAAUCGGUCUCCACUUCAUUAUCGAUUUGUACUUUGAUCUUCAGUUUGAUUUUUUUCUUUAUAUCACUUUAUUAUAACUGA